AUGAAUAAAUCAAUGUCUGAAUCCAAUCUAAGUGAAGGCAGUAAUGAAAAUACGACUAAGAAGUCAUCACAACGAAACAAAAGAUUAAGGGAGGAAGAUUUACCGGGAGAAUUUUACAAAUUUAAAGAAGAAAUGAGAGAAUUAAUAUCUAGCUUUAUGAAUGCACAACAAAAUCAAAUAAGUAGUAUUUUGAUGGAUUUAAAAGAAAUACAAAAUACAAACAAUAGUAUCAAUAAUUCAGUAAUGCUAUUAACUAAACAAAACGAAGACUUUUGCAAAAAAAUUGAAUUACUUCAGUCACAAAUUAAACAAGACCGCGAGUAUAUUUCUAUUCUCGAGAACAAAAUAGAAGAUUUGCAACGCUCAAGCCGAAAGACCUCCAUUGAAAUAAAAAAUGCUCCUAAGAACAAACAGGAAUCGAGAGAGGAUUUAUUAAAAAUGGUGAUGUGCCUUGCAAAAAGUGUUGAUCUCGUAAUGGAUGUUAAAGAUAUCAAAGAUAUUUUUAGAUUAUCAGAAAGAAAAGAAAGAGGGGUAAACAACCCGCCUAUAAUUUUGGAGCUCGGAUCCACCCUUUUGAAGAUUGAUCUACUCAAGAAGAUAAAAUUGUUUAAUUCAAAAAACAAAUCCAAAUUACAAGCAAUGCAUCUCGGAUUCACUAUAAAUGAACAUAACCCAAUUUAUAUAACUGAGCAAUUAACUUCAAAAGCUGCGCGAUUAUUUUUCCUAGCACGAGACUUAGUGAAGAUGAAAAACUAUAAAUAUUGCUGGACCUCUUUUGGUAAGGUAUUUGUUAGACAAGAUGAAAGCUCUCGCAUUAUACAAGUUACAACUGAACCUCAAGUUCAUCAACUACUACAAAAGCCAUGA